CGCUGCCUCUGGAAAGUGAGUUCAGUCGUGUCCGCGCGAUCGUGUUGCACGAUAUUUACCUGCGCGUGCAAACUCUCGAAUUCAGGAGCGUACCGUUCGCUCCGGGAGCCUCGCGAGUGCUACACAACCGCAUCCUUGCACGCUGCCAACGACCAGCUAGACAAGAUGCUGUCGAGGUUGCUGGUCGUAUUCUGGAUGGCACUUCCUCUAGCGCUAUCUCAGAGUAAUUAUGCGUCACAGGGAAACAGUAUCGAGUAUCAGCCUGGUUUGCCGCCCAGCACAGUGUUAAAUGGAAAAGUAACAAAAUUGGACGACAUCUCGUCGAUGAUAUUUCUGAAUCGUACAAAGGCCUACCUGAAUUGCAGUCAAGGGAGCAUGCAGGUGGAGCUGAAAUUCGAGGAACCGUUUUACGGGGUCGCGUACGCUGAUUUCGAUCGAAACAGUGCCUGCAUAUUCAAAGGACGCGGAUCGACCAGCGCCAAGUUGGAAUUGCCUCUGAAAGGAUGCGGCACGAGGCAGGAUCCUCAACGCGUGUUCACAAACAACGUUGUAGUUCGCUUCCAUCCUGGCCUCGAAAUGGACGGCGACGAAGUUAUUACGAUAGUUUGUAGGUAUCCUCCGCCUGUGGCACCUGCACCGCCGGCUCCUCCGGCCAGCAUCUUGGCUACCCCGGCGCCAGUCCCGCCAUCCGAACCACCGUUGAAAGGAUUUCAGAUUCUGCUCAUCAUCUGCGCGAUUCUGUUCCUUUCGUUGCUGUUACUUGGCCUCGGUUGCUCGUACAUGUGCUUGAAACGAAGAAACGUUCGCGUGAUCCACCGACAUCCGUUCGGAAGUGGCUCUGGCUCGGAAAUAACAAAACUCUCCACUUCUUCCCUAAGCAACAUCACCAUGUUCGAGGGCUUGAAGAUACCUAGGGCUCAUGCUCUUCUACACGCACCUCCGUCCACCACCGGUAGCGAUGCCAACCUGAUGAUCGACCAUUCAUUACCCAGCGAUUAUCCGAGCGAGAGCUCCGAGGUGGACGAAGAACCUUCUCUGCCAGUUUCAUCCGCCGGCUCUUACGACAACAAAGCCUUUGUUCACCACGAGACUCAUCAACGCCAAGAAAUUCGUACCACCAGCUCCCUUUAUUCCGAGACAGUUGCCGCAGAAGUGGAAACGUCUUCCAUGACAGCGGCAAACGCUUCACGCACCGCAGUUCCUCGCCAUAUGGUAGCCAUGCCGAUCGAACCCAAGUUCGACGUUCAAAUGAGAGUGAAGCGAGCGCCACCUCCUCCUCCAAGUCCCCUACCCUCGGAAUCCGACAUAGCAAGCGUCGCUCUAGAAAGAAAUCUGACCACGAUUCUCGAAAAGGAAGAAUCUAGCCUCACGCGCAGUCUUGACAGUCCACCGGCCAGGAUGACUACAUUCUCUUACGUUCCGGAGCUCCAUGGACCUCCGGGAGGCGCUCCACCCACGUCCAGCAUCUCCAGGCAGCAAACACCUCCAGUCUACUCGAGAAUCUUGAGGAAGCAGGCCGAGAGGGACACCACGACCAGCACCAGCAUCGUUCAGGAACGAAUUCCCUCGCCUUCUCCCAUAGAACAGCCUCCUUUGCAACACCAUGAAAUUCGUAGACCCAGAUCCUUGACUUCCUUGAACACCGAGCUAACCGAGACACGUUCUCUGACCGAAGUAACUGAUCAUACACACGCCAAGUACAGAGUGGCUAGCAUCCUAGCUCCGACUCCACCGCCGCCUCCUCCAAUUGUUCCAACAGUCACUACUACCCACACAGCUGUUCAGCAUCGUGAGCAUCGCCUCUUCCGCGAGGAAGUGACGGAGCCUUUGGUGGAGCCGCAGGUUGUCGCUCCUAGGCGGCCAGAGAUAACCACGCACGAAGUGGACGAUGUGUUUUUAAAGACAGUGACGGAGAAGAAGACUAUCGAGGAUGUGGAACGUCACCGUCGUCAGGUGACCGAGUAUAGAACUAAACCGCCACCGCCGGAUCCUAAGUGGGACGUUACUAUCAGGAAUUAUCCUAAAGAGAAUCUGCCACCGCCUCCUCCAGAAUGGGAAAACUUUUCUGAUGUUAGUUCCAACUCGAAUCUGACGAUUACCAAUGAGCCAACGGGCAGUCAGAUGGACGGGCCAGCUGACGAGGAACUGGACAUCAAUAUAGAGCCUACGUAUACCGCUAGAGCCGAGAUUCCUUGCAGACCACCUCCAGUCACCCAUCGUCGUUCCAUCGAUGAAACAGACGCUGAUUGGUUCUCUAGACUAUCUCGUGUCUUGGACCCCCGUUAUGCCUCCGAAUUCACUGACGGAGAACGAGCAAAAUGGCGCGAGAUAAUUACCACGGACAGUACUUUACGGACCCUGUUAACAGAAGCCGUGGUUAAAGAGGACUACGAAUUGAUACGAAAAGAUACCAGAUACGCCCAUCUAUUCUCUGCAGCAAAGUGGGACGUGAUCAUCCGAAUCUUGGGGCCUCCUGCAACACAGCCAGGUUCCGCUUCGUGCUCUACCCACGGAAAGAAUCACGGGCAGCGAUAUAAGAGGUCCAAGUCCUCUGAAUGGGAUACCAGAUCGAGAAGAUCAUCCUUGCCUACUUUGUACGAGUACGAGAGCGAUGGAGGUAGUUCUGCUCAUACUCAGAGCCACAGACUGCAGGUAUCACAGUCUACAGCGGCGAUGAGCCAGUCGAAUCGUUUACGUCGACUGGCAUCGAGUAACAGAGGCACAGGCGGCGUUAGCGAGGCGGACGUUAGGUCCAUGUCGGAGAUGACGGUGAGAGACUUUGCCAGAGUGGACAGAGACGACUUGACGAGUUUGAGUUCGUUCGAGGGAGCAGAUUCGCUGGUGAGAUCCUUGAGUCAGCCAAGUUUGGCCAGAAGCGGUUCAGAAUUUACCGAACACUGGGGAAUUCCCUCGGGCAUGCUGGAUCUCCCGCCUUGGACAGCGGAGGAGGAGGAAGAGGAGGAGGAGGAGGAGGGAACCAGUUCUGUGGAGACGACGCCCAGAGCGGUGAGAAGAAACGAUCGUCUGGAGGUGCUGGCGUCGUUCGACGAUCAUAGGCAAGGAUCAUCCACCACUAGAUCGAGUCGAUACAUGGAGAGGGAAGUGAACAGUGUGCACGUGACCGAGAGUCAGAGGAGUUCCAACUGGUUCCACGAUGAUUCUGAGCCAGAGAUGCAGAUAUGAAGAUGUUUAAGAGAAGCCCGCCUACGUGUUCCAUUCUCUCCAACGUCUUUCUUCGAGUUUUUAUAAAAUCGAGUUGUUAUAAGAAAUUACACAUGAUCAUUAUGGCAGAGGUUACGAGUAUUAUGCGGAUCGAAAGUUAUCGAGGAAAAAUCAUGCCAGUUUGAUUAAGUAUAGUAUUAUGAGAGGAUAGAGAAGGAAAUAGAAGACAGAUACGCUAUUGUUUAUAAGUAGUUGGAUGCCUGGUGCAAUCUCAUCGAACGAUUUACGUUCCUCUUACAUUUUCAAUAUCGUAACGAAAGAACCCUGAAUGAAUUCUUUACAUCUUUUGAUCUUUUCACCUGUUGAUCUCGAACGUCUACACACGUGUGCACAUGUUAUACCUUUGCGAUAGUGUAAACGUGACCGAAUACUUAUUGGAAGAUAGCGUACAUUCUAGAAAUAUUACAUUACAGAGGCCGAAUCGAAGAUUGAGAAGAUAUCCGAAUUAAGCUUCGUCGAGGUUAGUUAAGCUUCUGUUAACACAUUUAUGAGUGGAAUUUCCUACUUUCGACUCACGCGUCUGCGUCAGAAGCGGUGUCACCGCUAUACGGGGAGCUGUGGUAUCGCAGCGAUGCAUCGGUUCUGAUCCCGUCCUAACUGAGACACAGCACACGGUUGUUUCCUUCGCGACUUAUUUUAAAUUUUCUGUUAACAAAAAUUUCAUUAAAAACACGAUACUAUAAAAAUGUAUUUGAAAGAGUUUCGCCGUUGAAAGUUAGUGCCUCGUUAGUGUCGUCUCACCGAUACAAAGGCUAAAGCGAUCCCACUGUACGGGUACGUUGUGCGUUCGCCCCUCCCCCACCCUGAAGUGCCCGGGAUCCGAUCAAUGUUUAGGGUCGUGAAACGAUGCGACAAAAAGCAAGGUGGUUUGCUUGUUGUCGGACCGAUAUCAAUCCGACGACGUCAAAGACAACUUUUUUUUCCACGUUGAUCUUUUCCUCGGCAACUCGCUCUCCUUUUCUACUGUCACGGCUCUUUCCGCACCGAUCGUUUUCCAUGUCGUCGUGCGACUUACGACGUACGACAUAUACGAACGCUGUCGUGACGUCGUACAACCGAUUGCUUGUCGUUAUGCGACAUUCAGCUAGGAGAUGGAACGAAACUGCUUCUGACGCAAACGUGUGCGUUAAAAUAGGUGAUCGCCCGCCUUAAACUGAAACUUAGACUUAAACUUAAAGGAGGCGAUGUUUCCUGGAAUGUCUAUCGUAACGAAACAAAAUGUAAAAGUUGGAUUAUUAAAGCUUUUGAAAAGCGGUAUUAGAAAGAGACACGAUCUAUCCGAACGAGAAAUUAAUUAUUAUGUCCGAUACGAAUUAGUAAUCUCGGUACAUCGGGCAUGUCAUUUUCCGCUAGAAGAAUAAGUUACAGAAGAUUAAAAAGUGUAAAAAUCAUCCGAGGAGAAUAUGUAUAGAAAGGACCGAUAAUAUAUGCUCACCGUCAUUGAAUUCAGACUCGAGGCAAAUGUGAUGAGAAUAAAACUGGAAAUAACGUUACACGAUCCAGCAAACAUCUGUCGUUCCCUUCGAGUCAAUUUUUGCAGAAAGAACUUUAAGUUUGCUUGAAACGUAGAGAGAUACAUAUAUUUCGAAUGAAAAUGGCUUGACUAGUCUGAACGAUGCUUUAAAGAGGUCCCGGAGAAGCCAGACUUUCCGAGUACGAAAGACUUUUAGUAACGUUGUAUUGUAAUAUCUUCUAAUUCGUAUCUGAACAUAUUUCCUCGACGUAUUUCGUCUAGAUAGUUGUCAAAGUGGCAACAACUACAGACAUUGCCACGUACGAGAUAGCAAUAUUUGCAAGCAAGAUGUAAAACAGAUUAUACUUUUUACAAUUUUCGUAGCUUCGAAACGAGUAUCGAAAUUUUAAACGAUUAUAAAGUUAGAAGCAUCGUUGGAAAAAGUACUUGAAUAUUGGAAAUACAUAUGUGAAAUAUGUAAAGAGGUAAAUUGCAAGUAAGAAAAAAUUUUUAGGAUUAAAUUGGGAAAAAAUUAAUGGGCGAUUUAAAAAGGCGAUUUUUUCGAUCACAGUGAAGAUAAGAGCAAUGGACAUUGAAAAUGUAUCCCUUCAAUAUCUACGGCUUACAAACUAUAUAACCUCUGUUAUAAUAUCCAGAUUUCUUCAAAUUGGCAUUUGCAUUUUCGACGAAUGUCGCAUUAUUCUCCUAUUUUUGUACCUUUCUAUUAAUUGUACCGUUUGAAAUAUCUAUUCUUAAUUUCAUAUCGUCCAGGAUGAUCAAACUUUUCACUGCCUUCUCGCAUUUGGUAGAUCGAAGAGGCAAUUUUGCCGCCUUCUUUACGAUAUCUCUACGAAUUCCCGACGAAUUCUCUACGAUUACGAAUAUCGACAGAUUUUCGAACGAGCAUUCGCGUGUUUGCGACUCAAUGCGUCGACUGUUGGAUCAUCGAAGCACGAACACCCGAGCUUUUUAUUUAAUUCGAGACAACGGAAGAAAUUAUUAUCCGUAUAAUAAAUCGACUGUUUUUCUUGCUCGUUUUAUUUCCAUUUAAAAUUGAGUCGUGAAUGGAAUAUAUGUCGAAAGAAUGUAAAAGAUUGGAAGCAUGUGUUUGAUAUUAAUAGUUGAUUAUUUAUUUUUCGCCAGGCGUUAAGAAACGUUAAUCUCGAUAAUGAACAGUCGAUACAUUGGAGGAACAACGGUUAGCCAUUCUCUCCACUUGUCACUCGAAUUCUGUAAAUGGAAAAAGCGAGAAACGUCGAACAGGGUAAGAAUAUCUGAGAUUAUUGGACGAGUGAAACUGUAGAAUUUGGCGAAACGAAUCCAAUCAUGACGUACGAGUUAACCCGAAACGAGUUGAAGAAACGAAUCUACGACUAACCAUGCGACAAAUUCGCUUUCUUAACGAUCGGUGGCGCAUUUCGAGAACCUUUGUAACCAUUGAAAACCACCAUGACCGUAUUAACGAUAUUUAACACUUUUGCUACGCAUCUAUGUAAAAUAAUCGAAUUAUAUUGAAAAUUGGCAAAUUUUCAAGAAACUUCUCCAGGAAUAUAUUGUAAACUACUUUCUAUUGCUGGAAAAGAUUAUUUUGCGAAUAAUACAAAAUAUAUCGAGCUUACAGAAUAUCAGAUAUUCGAUACGAAUAAAAUUAACUUAUAAAUUCAUCAAUUUUAUGUAAAACCUAAGCUUUUUCUUUUUUUUUUUUUUUUUUUUUUUUUUUUAUAGCUUCUACCUAUAUCAAAGUCAUAGGAUAUUCGCACUCCACGUUUCUUCUUCUAUCUUUAUUAAAGAGUAAUAAAAACUUUUGUUUUUAUGACAUA